CAGCUAUGAGGAGUAUUAUAUUUGCUGAUGUUGACAGUCAGUGUUUUUUAAAGGAGGAACAAAAGUUUGCAUUGUUAGAAGAAGCGUUGGAGCUGACGUCACUUGUGUUGAGUUGCUGGAGGAGAGAGUCUCUGUUCAAUCUGCGACCGGAGAGCAACACACUCAGUCACUCUCCUCAGAGCCACCACGGACUCUCUAUCACAUACCCACCAAAUCUCCUCCAAACACCACUCAAACUGCGCUCAAACUGGGAACUAAACCACCACAGUUGUCAUUUUAUGUUUUGUUUUAAAGGAAUACGCCGUUUUCUCGACGACAAAGGUGCAGAGCAGUGAUGUCACAGAACUGAGGACAGUCUCAUACAAAUAUGGAGUUUGGAGAGCGGCUGGCCUCCCCGUCAUCGGCCCCGUCCUCCCUUCACAUGGCCUCCUCUUCAGCCAGCUCCUCCCCUGCUCCACCCCAGACACCCUCCACGGCCCCUAGCCCUGCACGCAGCUCCCCUCUCACCACCUGUGGCCAUCUGCUCCAGGUAACCGGGGAUGAACGUUCAAAUAUGUCUGGCAUUCCCAAUGGUUUUCCUUUGGUCAGCCAUCCAGCUUUUGGGCUCUACACGUCAAGUCCAGGACGUUCUGAGUUUGGAGGCCUGGGAAGUCUGGGAUUGUCUGCCUUGGCUGCUCACUCCCAGUUUGGUACAUUUCCAGACUGGUGGCGGCAAUCUGAGGCACAUGCCAGAGGAGCUGCAGCCUUCUUCCCUCCUCUUCUGGGUCUGCAUCCUGUAUUUGCAUCGACCUUCAAAAGCCACGAUCCCAAUCACUUCCAGUCACGUUCCUCAGUUUCUGUAGGCGCAAUUGGAACAGUGAAUGGUAGGAGUGCUUCUUCUCCUACUGGGAACUCUGCUGUGAACACCAGUUCAUUUCCAACAAAGGGAAACAAGGAGAAAACCAAAGCCAACAGCAGUCGGAGUCAAAAGAGCAGCCAGGACCUGGGCACCCUGCACCAGAACAUUGCACAGAAAACAAAAGAAAAGAAACCCAACAAAAGACCACUAGAGACCUCCAGCAUGAGUGGCAGCCAUUCGGGUUCAUUGUCAGAUAGCUCCUCCAGUGAUGGUGAGGAGAGCAGCAGUGAUCCCGAUGACAUGGAGGAGAACAAUGAUGAAGAUGAGGAUGAUCAGAGCAAUGACAGCGAGGACUCUGAUUCAGAAAAAGACAGUCCAUUGAAAAGGAAAGUCAAGCGGCUGACACAGAACACUUCUGAGAGUAAAAAGAAGAGACCUUGCACUGCUGAUGGAAAUACAACUCAAGAAAGUCAUCGUGACACCAUUCCUUUGACUUCCCCGUACCACCUGCAGUCCUCUCCCCAUCCCGCUGGCCUGUCACAGUCCGCAGCGCUGUUCCUCCAGAGCUCCGGGGCUGCAGAGGAGGAAGGCCAGCAGCACAUUAGUGUCAUCCAGGCCACCGGGAUGGCAGCCGGCAACAGUCCUUUAGCACCGUCCCACAGGGAGGCCUCUCCUCUGCCAUCCAGGUCCUCACCCAACCCCUUCUCCUUCUCCAACUCACCUAAACACUUACAUCCUUCCACCUCACAUUUGUCCUCACCAAAGCAUAGCUCGGUCUCCUCCUCUCCCACAUAUCCUGCUUUCUGUUCCCCUCCAAAGCCCCCGUCUUUGUGUUCCUCACCCAAGCCUCUCUUCCUCUUUUCUCUACCCAGACCACCAACACUGUUAGCCUCGCAAAAGGCUCCUCAUAAACCCAGAUUCCUGAUGCCCUCUCUGAAGCACGCCCAGCUGGUUGAUAGCAUGAAGGAGAGCAGUGGAAACCUUUCCGAUGAAAGAUCGUUACACUUGAAGAGUUUUAAAUUGAAACAGCCCCUCCGCUCCAAGGACUCCGCGAAGCAAACUUUCUCUCUGCAACCUAAGAGCCAGAACUGCAAUGACACCAAUCUGUUCCUGAGCCACCACCUUAAUGGAGCGAUCCACAACGCAGUUCAGGAUGCCCCUUUGGCCCUCAUCACUAAACCCCGCAGCCAGACCAGCACCCCCAGUAGCAAACCCCUCCUGGUAGCCACCAGCCCUCCCUAUCCCAUGCCUAUCAACCUGAGCACUGGCACUAAGGAGAUGUCCGGAAGCUCUGCUUCCCCACUUAAAUCUUCAGCCUCAUCAGGUCUUGCUCACAGACCAAGGAAGGCUAGCACUCCCAAGCCUCUGCAUGCAGGAAAGAGCCUCUCUAAAACAAACGCAUCCUGUCCACCUUUAGACUUGGUCAGAGGCAGCGAGUCUGACAUCCACAGCAGCAAGGACUCAGACGACUCUUUAGGAGAUGACUUCGAUGACGAUGAUGAAGACAAUGAAGAUGAUAUUGAGGAUGAAGAUUCUGGCAGUAGCCUGUCAGAGUCGGAGAGCAAUCUGGAUAGCGACUCUGACGGCUCUGAGGAUGAUGUGAAGGAGCGCGGUGAGACCGAAGCAGACAGCGAUGCAGAGAGGACUCCCCUGAAACUCACUAAAGCGUCCUUGUCUACUCACAAGUCCUCCUCGAACCUCUCAGCCAACUGCUCCCUGCUUAACCUGCAAAUCAUCAAGCCUCCUAGUUUACCUAGUAGCCUGCUCACCCCCAACACAGUGACCAGCUCAGGGGCGCUGAGUAACCACAGCACCCUAUCGCCACCCUUCACGUUUGCCACACAGACAGGAUCAGGGAAGAGGAGGAGAGUAACGGAUGAGAGGGUUUUGCGGUUGCCUCUUGAGUUCGGGUGGCAGAGAGAGACCCGUAUCAGGAGUGUGGCAGGACGUCUACAAGGAGAGGUGGCUUACUUUGCUCCAUGUGGGAAGAAGCUGCGUCAGUAUCCUGAUGUAAUGAAGUACUUACUCAGGAAUGGAAUAACUGAAAUCUCCCGGGAUAAUUUCAGCUUCAGUACAAAAAUCAAAGUUGGUGACUUCUAUGAAGCCAGAGAAGGACCAGAGGGUUUACAGUGGUUCUUGCUGGCGGAGGAGGAGAUCGCUCCCAGUAUCAUAGCGAUGGAUGGGAGGCGCAGCCGUUGCACGCAGUCUGAGCGCCAGCCGAUGGGUGACGGCACUGGGGCCAGACGGUGGAAGCCUCAUCCUCUUAAUUUUGGUGAAAAUAACUUCCAAGAUGUCAGUGAUGCGAAGCUGCUACGCAAACUGGAGGCUCAAGAAAUAGCUCGACAGGCAGCUCAGAUCAAAAUGAUGAGGAAACUUGAGAAGCAGGCCAUGGCGCAAGCAGCCAAAGAGGCGAGAAAGCAACGAGCAAUAAUGGCUGCAGAGGAGAGGCGGAAAAAGAGGGAGCAGAUGAAGAUUCUUAAACAGCAAGAGAAGAUCAAGCGCAUUCAGCAAAUUCGUAUGGAGAAAGAAGUCCGUGCACAGCAAAUUCUCGAGGCAAAAAGAAGGAAGAAAGAAGAAGCAGCUAAUGCCAAAAUAUUGGAGGCUGAGAAGCGAAACAAGGAGAAGGAGAUACGAAGACUGCAAGCUGUCAUACUGAAGCACCAGGAGUUGGAGAGGCAUAGACUAGAUAUGGAGAGGGAAAGACGCAGGCAGCACAUGAUGCUCAUGAAGGCUGUGGACGCCCGUAAGAAGGCAGAGGAGAAAGAGCGUCUGAAGAAAGAGAAGAAGGAUGAGAAACGGUUAAACAAGGAGAGGAAACUGGAGCUCAGGAGACUGGAACUGGAAAAAGCGAAAGAGCUGAAGAAGCCAAAUGAAGACAUGUGUUUAGCAGAUCAUAAGCCACUUCCAGAGUUGUCCCGGAUCCCUGGUCUGGUGUUACCGGGAAGUACCUUCUCUGACUGCCUGAUGGUGCUACAGUUUCUGCGCAGCUUUGGGAAGGUCCUGAGGUUAGACAUAAACCCAAACACGCUCAACCUAAGUGAUCUUCAAGAGGGGUUGCUCAACACUGGGGACAGUAUGGGAAAAGUGCAGGACCUGCUGGUGAGCAUGCUCUCUGCAGCUGUCCGUGAUCCUGGUAUACCUGCAGGUCACAAGAAUAAGACCGCCUUGGGGGACCACCUGACUAAUGUGAGGAUCAACCGAGACAACGUGUCCGAGAUCCUGCAGAUCUACAUGGAGGGUCACUGUGAGCAGACGGAGCUGAUUGCUCUGGCCCUCAGCCUCAGGACCAAGGCGUUUCAGGCCCACAACCCGUUACAGAAGGCCUCCAUGCUAGUAUUCCUGGUUGAUGAGCUCUGCUGCAGCAAGGCUGUGAUCAGUGAGAUCGACAAAAACAUCGAUCACAUGACCAACCUGAGGAAGGAUAAGUGGGUUGUCGAGGGAAAACUUCGCAAACUGAGGAGCAUCCACGCCAAGAAGACUGGGAAGAGAGACAGCGGUGUCGGGGGAGAGGACAGCCACGCCUUUGUCACCCCCACUGCCAGAAACAAAUGCAAGAGGAAAGAAGGGGACAGUGAGGAGGAAGAGGACGAGGAUGACGACAGCGAAGACCAAGGAGAUGACGACGACGAUGAGGAAGAAGAAUCAGGGGGAAAGAAGGGGAAGAAAGCAGAGAUAUGUGAAGAGGAGGACGACAGUGUACACUCAGCCAGCAUGGAGGAGCUGGAGAAACAGAUAGAGAAAACAUACAAGCAACAGAGUCAGAUCCGACAGAAGUUAUUUGCCUCGUCUCACUCGCUGCGCUCCAUGACGAUUGGACAGGACCGCUACAAGAGACGUUACUGGGUCUUUCCGCAGUGUAGUGGUGUUUUUGUGGAAGGCAUGGAGAGCUGCGAAGGUUCUGAAGAGGCGGAGAAAGAGAAGAAAAGGCAGUGGACUGCUCAGGUGAUCAGGGUAAAAGAAGAGCAGCAGGAAGAGACAAAGAAGCCAGUUGUCAGCAGCCCGGCACAGAGCACAGACGGCGAUACAUCCACACCAGAGAGCCAGCAGGACAAAGACAGUCUCAAUCUCUUCCUCCAGAAACCCGGCUCCUUCUCGAAGCUCAGCAAACUUCUUGAAGUAGCCAAAAUGGCUCAAGAUUCAUUCAACAGUCGUUCUGCUAAAGUCCAUACCACUGCAUCUUACCCCUCAUAUCCCACCUCUCAGACAGCCACUACUCAGCAGAGACUGACAGAUAAAACAGAUGCUUCGGUGCCGUUUCUGCUUAGUGCCCACCAGCUCAGAAGUAGUCCCUGGAUAACCUGCAGCCCUCAGUCUAUCCUUCACGAGGACCAGCUCUCCAAGAUACUGAUGGAAAAGAGCAACCAGUGGUUUAGCCUCCUGCCUCGCUCUCCUUGCGACGAGUCCUCGUUCACAUCCGACUCCAGCCCUCCAGCCUCCUCCUCUCCACAACAGACCUUCGGCACCAAAUCCCCCUCCUCCCUCUCCCCUAAUCCCCUAGCUACAUCCAGUUCCAGUGCCCCCGCUGGGAUCAAUAACAUGCAGCCGUCUGUCCUUCAGCAAGUAAAGUCUGGCAUUCAUCAAAGCAGGCUGACACGGUGCGGCAGUCCCAGCCUGCCCUUCUCUGGUGCUUCUCUACCCCCCGUGCUGGAUCUGGCCUCCCAACAUGCCGAGGGCGAUGGCAACAGGGUCCUCUUCCUGGCAAAUAACAACUCUGUCAACAAGAGUGAUACCCCAGAGCAACAGAGUGACAAGUCCGAGUGUGCCUCAUUCCCUGCUGUGGAAGUAGCCAAGACCCAGGACUACCCUAGUCCUCAGCCGAUCCCCGAGGAGAUGCUGUGUGGCUGGUGGAGGGUUGCAGACAUCGAGGAACUGCACAGUCUGGUCAGGGCCCUCCAUAGCCGAGGCAUCAGAGAGAAGGCCUUGCAGAAACAGAUCCAAAAGCAUAUGGAGUAUACGACCCAGCUCUGUGCCAACAGCAAAGAUGCAAUGGAUGUGGCAGAGCUGGAGAAGCAGGAGGUGAGUGAGGAGACGAUGGAGAGUUGGUGUGUUGAGGAGCAAGCCAUGGAGGUGGACAUCAGCCUACUGCAGCAGGUCGAGGCUCUCGAGAGGAAAGUCAUCUCGGCCAGCCUGCAGGUCAAGGGCUGGAUGCAUUCUGAGCCCCAGUCAGAGAGGGAGGAUCUGGUCUAUCACGAGCACAAGCUCUUCUCUUCCCCUGCUCCAGAGAAGAAAGUACAGAGAGAAACCAGCCAGGAGGAACUUCCUGGCACCGUUGUGCGGCGGUCCGACAAUCCUCUUGAUAUUGCCGUCAUCAGGCUGGCAGAGUUGGAGAGGAACAUCGAGCGAAGCAGUGAGGAGGAGGUGGCCCCGGGGAUGAGGUUCUGGCGCAAAGCCCUCGGUGAAGUCCGCAGCUCAGCUCAGCUGUCACUCUGCGUUCAGCAGCUGCAGAAAUCCAUCGCCUGGGAACGAUCCAUCAUGAAAGUGCAUUGUCAGCUCUGUCAAAAGGGGGAUAAUGAAGAGCUGCUCUUACUUUGUGAUGGCUGUGACAAAGGCUGCCACACUUACUGCCAGAAACCCAAGAUCACUACAGUACCUGACGGUGACUGGUUUUGUCCCUCUUGUGUAGCGAAGGAGGGUGGUCAAUCCCCCUGGAGUAGAAAGCAACAGAGCCGAACAGCUGGAGGAGGGAAGAAAGGCAGUGAGGUAAAACGAAACAGUAAGCCAUCUGUGGUAGGAGAGCUCAUCAAAGAGGAGGCUGCCAGCAGCAACAGCGUGCCAAAGAAAGGUACCAAGGAGUUCAAAAAGAGGAAAGGAGACGACAGCCCGCCCGGCUCCCAGGCCGGCCGUGACAGCCCCGUCUCCUGUGUGAAAAAAGCCAAAACGGCCAAAGACAACAACACCAAUGGGCUGACGACGUGCCGAGUGCUGCUGGCUGAGCUGGAGGCCCAUCAGGACGCUUGGCCCUUCCUCACGCCCGUCAACCAGAAAGCCGUCCCUGGAUACAGGAAGGUCAUCAAAAAGCCCAUGGACUUCUCCACCAUCAGAGAAAAGCUCACCAACAGCCAGUACUUGAAUUUGGAAACUUUCAUCGUUGACGUGAACCUGGUUUUUGAUAACUGUGAAAAAUUUAACGAAGACGAUUCGGAAAUUGGACGAGCAGGCCACAGCAUGAGGAGAUUGUUUGACAAGCGAUGGACUGAACUGCUGGAGUAAACAGAUUCCAGUGUGGAGUUUCUACGCUACUCUCUACAUAUCAAACUUCUUCUUUUGGUGUUGGAGGCCUUCUCUCCACCUGAGACACUAAAUCAAUAAACAUGAUAUAGUAACACUGACGUGCAAUGUGAAAGGACGAAAUUCUCCUGCUGAGAAAACACACUUCAUGGAUUAAUAUCUUAAAGUGCAAUACUGUUUUCUUUAUCAAAAAUGCACUGACUCUUGGACUCAAUAUUCCACAGUAGAUAGGCCUUUGUUUUUUUAUCAUCAGUACUUUAGUUUAGUGUAUAGGUGUGUAUUUAUUUUCUCACGUAUUUAUGUUACAAUCUUUUCUAAGAAAAAGCAGGAAAUGGCACACAGCUUUAAAAAAAAAAAAAAAAUCUAAAGAUUGUUUUAUGGACUUUUGAACAAGCCAAUCAAAAAGAAUAAUUGUUUACAGCUUUUUGACUAUAGGGUGCCAGCAGAACUACUGUUAAUCUGCGAAUUAAUUGUGUAAAAUACAAGGAGGUAUCACUGUCACUAUUUACAAAUCGUAUUUCUAACAUGUAUAGAGUGUACAUACAGUACAGUCUUGUUAAAAUUAAUGCAUAAGGAUGAUUGUAGCACUUCACAUGUCUUAUAAUGUACUCUGCCUGUGCUGAAUAUCCACUCAAAACACUGUGGUCUCCUCAGUAUUGUAGUGCCUGACCUCUGACCUCUAAACAGUGUAUGGAGGAGUGUGUUUUUUUUUUCUAUUUUCAGUGCGUGUACUGUAUGUGUGUCCUGCACAAUAUACUGUAGGAAACCCUUACACAAAAUGUAAAACUCUUUAGAGCUCCUCCUCUGAAAAGAUGUGAUGUGGUGCAUAUAGUGUGUUUCAUCUCCAAGCAUUUCCUUCAGCCAGAGUCUCGUCAGACAUCCCGUGGACAGACGUGAAACCUGCACUGGGCUUUAAUCCAGCUGGGAGUCAGACAGUGUCACGGUCCACCGGAGGCAUCUCGAGACCGCUGAAGUCAGAAGACUUGAAGUAACCGUAUUUUAUUAUGAAUAUUGUGAAAUGAGUAGCGACUUUUGUGGGAAUAUUAUUUUUGAAUAGUGGGUGUGUGUGGCACAGAUAAAAUAAACCUGUUUUUUUCAAAAUAACACUGUUAGGCCCGUCACUAUCUUCCUGUUCAGAGUAAGCAACAUUUUGAUAAUAAUCCUGCAAUUUCUGAAUCGUGGAUUUCUUUUGAAACAUUUUUUAUUUGGUUGAUUUUGGUUCAAAACGUUAAGUAAAAUGGUCUGAAAUGGU